AUGUCGUCUCCAGUGGAAGAAUACUCGCAAAUCGUAAAUAUCUAUACCAAAGAGAUUGAACAUCCAACUUCCAGACAGGAUUCUGAGCAAUUUCAGAAACUACUUUCUGCAAACAUUGAGAAUUUACUUGAAUUGAAGUCGACAAUCACUAACAAACUAGCUUUAUUCAGUUCUAAUGAGACCUUAGAUGAUUUGACUACUAGUUCUAUAAAAUUUUUAUCCAUGGAUUAUUACUUAGCUCUAAUGUGUUGUAGACGUCAGAGUUAUGCUAAAGAUAUGGAUGGUAUUAGUAAAAAUAGAAUCAGAUUAAUGUUUUUAGAAAAAUCAAUUCAAUUAUUUGUCCAAUUCUUAAUCUCUUUAGAAGAUUAUGAAAUAUUAGAUAAAUCUCUAGGAGGGAAAAUUGAUUCCUUUAAAGUUGCUUACAGACCAACUAUGGAUGAACUAUAUGAAGUUAAUGUGGAAAACUCUUCAGGUAAUGAAGAACUAACAAUGGCAUACAAGAAAAGACAACAAAAGAUAGAAUUCUUUCAAAGAUCCAAACAACUAACUGCAAAUAUACAAACUUUAGAAUCAAAAGUAAACUCUAUUGAGAUAGAUAAUGAAAAUGAUAAAGAAGAACUUUUACGUGAUUUAUAUAUUCAAAAUUUGAAACAAUUAAGUUAUUCAGCAUUUAAUGAAAUUGAACAAAUUAUGUAUGAAACAGAAUUAUUAAAAAAUUUUAUUAAAAAUCCUCCUCCAAAGGAAGAUCACCCUUCUGUAAAUGAAGAAGAUCAAAGGAAGGCCAUCGACGAAACCGGCUACACAGACAGACUUGAGACAUUAAAUAAACCUCUACUAUCGAAAAAUGGUAAAAUUUUAAGAAAUUUUACUUUGAUUGAUAAGAAGACAGAAUUAAAGAGCAAAGUACGUGGUUAUGGACAAUAUGGACCCACAAUGUCAGUGGAAGAGUUCUUGCAAAAGGAAUGGGAAGAUGGCAGAGUUCUCCAAGGUGGCCCUGAAAGUGCCAACCCGCAAGAAGAUCUUGAUGAGGAUAAUGAAGAGUAUAACGAUAGAGAGACAUACAAAGCCAGGGAAUUUGAUGAUUUUAAAGAUAACCAUGCGAAGGGUAGUGGUAAUACUAUGAAUAUGGGAUGA